AUGGCUCGCACCACUGCCGCCCUCGGGCUGGCCUCGCUCUUCCUAGGCGCGGCCCACGCCCAACUGCCCGGCGAGGCCACCGAGGUCCACCCGGAGCUGACCACCUACCGGUGCUCGCUCGCCGACGGGUGCAAGGAGGAGACCAACUACGUCGUGCUGGACUCGCUCGCCCACCCGGUCCACCAGGCCGACAACGACUUCAACUGCGGCAACUGGGGCGAACCCGCCAACUCGACGGCCUGCCCGGACCAGGAGUCGUGCGCCAAGAACUGCAUCAUGGAAGGCGUCGAUGACUACUCGACCUACGGUAUUACCACAAAUGGGGAUGCGCUACGUCUGCUACAGGUCCUUGAUGGCCGCGUCGUCAGCCCCCGCGUGUACUUGCUCGACAGCACCGAGCGCAAGUACGAGAUGCUGUCGCUGACUGGCAACGAGUUUGCCUUCGAUGUUGACGCCACCAAGCUGCCCUGCGGCAUGAACAGUGCACUGUACCUGUCCGAGAUGGAUCCUACUGGCGCUGAGAGCGAGCUUAACCCCGGUGGUGCUUACUACGGUACUGGGUACUGCGAUGCCCAGUGCUAUGUCACUCCGUUCAUCAACGGUCUUGGCAACCUUGACGGCAAGGGCGCGUGCUGCAACGAGAUGGACAUCUGGGAGGCCAACGGGCGGUCCAACCACGUAGCCCCCCACCCGUGCAACGUCGACGGCCCCUACCUCUGCGAGGGCGCCGAGUGCGAAGCCGACGGCGUUUGCGACAAGAACGGCUGCGCAUGGAACCCGUAUCGCGUCAACGUGACCGACUACUACGGGAACUCGGCCGACUUCAAGGUCGACACCACCCGCCCCUUCAGCGUCAUCACCCAGUUCCCCGCCGACGCCGACGGCAAGUUGACCGCUAUCCACCGCCUGUACGUCCAGGACAACAAGGUCAUCGAGUCCUACGUUGUCGACGCCGAGGGCCUGCCCAAGACGGAUAGCCUCAACGACGAGUUCUGCAGCGCGACUUAUUCCACCAAGUACAUCGGUCUUGGUGGUACCACCACCAUGGGCGAUGCGUUGACCCGCGGCAUGGUCCUGGCGCUCAGCAUCUGGUGGGACGAGGGCGGCAACAUGAACUGGCUCGAUGCUGGUGAGGCCGGCCCUUGCAACCUUGAUGAGGGCAACCCAACCGAGAUUGUCAAGGUCGAGCCCAACCCGGAGGUCACUUUCAGCCGCCUGCGCUGGGGUGAGAUUGGCUCAACCUAUGCUGAUGCUAGCACUGGUGGCGGCAAGUGCAAGAAGCGUCGUGCUGCCCACUACUAA